AUGGAGGACGCACAAUCCUCCAGAUUACAUUAUGGUGGGAAAAUAACUUGGUUUGACAGUCAUAGGAUGUUUCUUGAUCAAAACCAUCCAUUUAGGAAAGAUCGUAAAAACUUUCUUAAAGGUCAUACUGUUACAAGAUCGUCACCACCUGUUAGAAUGGGACAAGAAAUUCUUACUCAAAUCUGUGAGUUGGGGAUAAGGAAGGUAACUGAGUUAGAUGCUGAAGAAGUUAAUAAGAGAUUAUGUAAGUCAUGUGGUUGGAAAAAACGAAGCAUCUUUUGGGAUUUGCCUUAUUGGAGUUCUAAUAUGAUACGGCAUAAUCUUGAUGUCAUGCAUAUUGAGAAAAAUGUCUUUGAUAAUGUAUUUAAUACAGUUCUUAAUGUUGAUGGCAAAGCCAAAGACAAUCCCAAAGCAUGUCAGGAAGUUACAAAAUACUAUAAUCGGCCAGAGUUAGCAAGAAAUCCCGAUGGAAGCUAUCCCAAGGCUGCAUAUACAAUAGACAAGAAUAAAAAGAAGGUCUUGUUUGAUUGGUUGGAAGGUGUGAAGUUUCCAGAUGGGUACCUUCGAACUCUUAAAAAUAUGAUAGGCAACAAAGCUAGUGUUGAGGGUUCUAUUUGUGAAGCAUACUUGAUGGCUGAAUCAACACAAUUCUUUUCUCAUUAUUUUGAACCUCAUGUUAUGUCACGUCAUCAUAAUGUGUCCCGUAAUGAUGAUGGUGGUGUUAUGAAAGAUGAUGAAGAAAAUUUAUCAAUAUUCACCCAUCCAGGAAGGUUAUCGGGUGAAGCCAAAAAGAGAGAUUUGUCUCUUGAGGAAAUUAAGGCUGCCCAAACUUAUAUUCUUCUAAAUUGUCAAGAGGUUGAGCCGUUUGGGAGGUACAAUUUUAAAGUACAUCGCGGUAGUGCAAGAUCAACAAUGAAUAGUGGAGUUUGUAUCUCUGAUCCAAAUACGGGUGAUUACUAUGGAAGGAUUCAAGAAAUUAUACAAGUGGAAUACCGUAGAGCACCUUUAAAGCAAGUUAUGUUAUUAAAGUGUGAAUGGUUUGAUCCGGCAUUAAAUAUUGGUGUUAAGGUGCAUAAUCAGUAUAAAUUGGUCGAUGUUAAUCAUCGUCGCCGAUUUAAAAAAUAUGAACCUUUUAUUCUUGCGAUGCAAGCAACUCAAGUGUGUUAUUUGUCUUAUCCUAGCACAAAGAAGGAAAAGGACGAUUGGUUAGCUGUAUUAAAAGUCAACCCUCGAGAUGUCAUUGAAUUACCUGAUGAGGGAGUGAUCACAAUACCAGAACCAAAUCUUCCAUUUCAAGUUGAAGAAGUUGAAGUUCAUGAGAUAGAUACGAAUAUUAUUGUUGAUGAAACUAUACUUCUGCAUGAUCUAAAUGGGGAGGCAAUUGAAAUGGAUGAACCAAUUGAUUAUGGAUUGUUUCCAGAGCAUCAUGAAUUAGAUGAAGAGUUUACAGAAGAUGAGUAUGAAACUGAGAAUGAAUCUGAAGAGGAUGAUGAGGAGUUCGAAGAAGAAAUAGAUACAGACUAG